AUUAUUGCGUCUGCUAGAAAAGUGAUUGUUUCGUUGUUUUCUGUUUCGUUCAAUGUUGCUUUCUGUUUAAUCUUUAUUAUGGAUCGUAAAAUUUGCAAAAAAGUGGCCAGGAAAUUGAAACAUUGCGAAGAAAUCCUAAUGAAGCAUGAGAACAUAAAAACAUCAAUCGAACAUACAAGUAGCCUUUUUAUUGGAAACGGUGGCUUAGGCUGUGGAAUUCACAGAGAAUUUUUAUUGGAUUUGUUCAGCCAGCAUGGAUUGGUGAAAGAUGUGAUUAUGCUCCCAGGUAAACCGUAUGCAUUCGUAACCUUAAGUACUAUAGAAGAAGCAGAGAAAGCUAUGGAUUUGUUUCAAGGGAGGCAUUUAAGAUCUGGCCAAGUCCUUUAUAUGGCUUAUGUUGAUACUAAUGAUGUUCCAAAGCAUGUAUCUUUUGAGAAAAGUUGGCCUCAAGGACUUACGCUAAUCGAGGACUUUGUUACAGAGGAGGAGGAAAGUAGUCUGAUUUCUGCUAUUACCUUUGAUGAUGUAAAUGAUAACACAGUUUUGAAACACAGAAAGGUGAAGCAUUAUGGUUUUGAAUUUAUUUAUGGAAGCAAUAAUGUGGAUAAAAAUAAAGCUUUGGAUGAGAAAAUUCCUGCCAAAUGCAUGCCUCAUUUAGAAAAACUGGUUGCUCUCGGUUACAUAUCAAAAGUUCCUGAUCAGCUCACAGUAAAUUACUAUGCUCCCGGACAAGGAAUUCCACCUCAUGUUGAUACUCACUCUGCCUUUGAAGACAACAUCCUCUCCUUAAGUCUAGGCUCACAGGUGGUAAUGGAUUUUUAUUCAUCUGAAAAAGGAAGUGUUUCAGUUCUUUUACCUAAAAGGAGCCUUCUUAUAAUGAGUGGGGAAAGCCGCUAUGCAUGGAAACAUGGUAUUACACCAAGAAAAACAGAUAUUAUACCAAAUGAAGGUGAUCACCUAACUCUUUGUCAACGCUCUGAUCGAAUUUCUUUCACAUUUAGAAAAAUUCGUGAUGGAGAAUGCCAUUGUUCAUAUAAAGAACUGUGCAAUUCUCAGAAGCAAACCAAGUCAUCUUCAAAAGAUUUGGUAAAUGAAGAAGGGGCAAAAGAACUUGAAAGCAAGUAUGUUCAAAAGGUAUAUGAAGAUAUAGCUGAUCAUUUUAAUGACACAAGGUAUAAACCAUGGCCUAAAGUACAAUCUUUUCUUAGCAAUAUCUCCCCUGGCUCUCUUAUACUAGACAUAGGAUGUGGAAAUGGCAAGAAUUUAGGUUUAAGUAAAAGUUGUUUUGAGAUAGGAUGCGAUGCAUCAUCAAAGCUUGCUCAAGUAUGUGCUCUCCGCAAAUCUGAAGUAUUAAUAGCCGAUUGUUUGAAAUUACCUUUUCGUGACAACUGUGCUGAUGUCAUUAUUUGCAUUGCUGUAAUACAUCAUUUAUCAACAAAGGCAAGAAGAGCAAAAGCAAUAGAAGAAAUACUCCGAGUACUUUGCCCAGGUGGUAAAGCAUUGCUUUAUGUCUGGGCUUUUGAGCAGGAAGGCCCUCAGGGUCCAUCAAACUAUUUGAAACAUAAUAAAUUAGUGAAAAACAUUGAACAAGAUUUUCUAAAAGGUGAAAAUACAAGCCAGCUACCAUCAACUGAAAUCCAGCUUAUAGAGGCUAAAAAGUCAAUAACAUUGCCCAUUCACAAAAACAGGACAAAUUUUGUAGAACAGGACAUGUUGGUACCUUGGAAAGAAAAUAACACAUCUAGUCAAGUGCCUAAUAGUGACAAAGGAACUAAAACACAUCACAGAUAUUACCAUGUAUUUGUUAAAGGUGAGCUUGAGUCAUUAAUUAUUGAAAAAAAUGCUAAAGUAAUUUUAUCUUACUAUGAUAAAGGAAAUUGGUGUGUGUUAUUAGAAAAAUAAUAUUUUUAAUGUUGU